CGCAGUGCGCCGCCCGGCUUCUCUCGCGUCCAGGAGUCCAGGAGGAGAUGGUGCGGCUGAGCGUGCACGGACCGGAUGCAUAAUUGGCCUAAACCGUGGUCAUAGAUUUUCAAUUUGCCUUGUGUGUUUUUUUUGUUGUUUUGUUGUUGUUGUUGUUGUUGUUGUUGUUUAUUUGCCAAAUUACUGUUUAAUGUCGAACUAUAAACCGGAGCGGCGCAGCGAGUGAUCAGCGCUAAGGGCUGAGGAGGAGGAAGAAGAAGAAGAAGAAGAGGAGGAGGAGGAGGACAAAGACGACAGGAGCGCAGCAGUGACUGAGAGGAGCCGGGCAUCAAAUUGCACCGGAUGUCAUUCCACGCUCUCAAACAUCCAGGACCAUAAUCAAGACCCAAGGCAGAGCCAUGGAGGCUGUAACACAUUUUGUGAACGACACUGUAGAAUUUUACAAAUGGAGCCUUACUAUAGCAGACAAGAGGGUGGAGAAUUGGCCGAUGAUGUCAUCUCCCUGCCCCACACUGGCCAUCAGCUGCCUGUACCUGCUCUUCCUGUGGGCGGGGCCUAGAUACAUGCAGGACCGCCAGCCCUACACGCUGAGGAGGACUCUCAUAGUCUACAACUUCAGCAUGGUGGUGCUCAACUUCUACAUCGCCAAAGAGCUCCUAAUAGGCACCAGAGCAGCCGGGUACAGCUACCUCUGUCAGCCUGUCAACUACUCAAACGAUGUCAACGAAGUCAGGAUAGCCUCGGCUCUUUGGUGGUACUACAUCUCCAAAGGAGUGGAAUUCUUGGAUACAGCCUUUUUCAUCCUGAGGAAGAAGGUCACCCAGGUCAGCUUCCUCCACGUCUACCACCACUGCACCAUGUUCAUCCUCUGGUGGAUUGGCAUCAAGUGGGUCCCCGGCGGACAAGCAUGUUUUGGGGCAACCAUCAACUCUUUCAUCCACGUCAUCAUGUACGGCUACUACGGCCUGGCGGCACUGGGACCUCACAUGCAGAAGUACCUCUGGUGGAAGAAGUACCUCACUAUUAUUCAGAUGAUCCAGUUCCACGUGACCAUCGGCCACGCCGGCCACUCCCUCUACACCGGCUGCCCGUUCCCCUGCUGGAUGCAGUGGGCCCUGAUUGGCUACGCCGUCACCUUCAUCAUCCUCUUCGCCAACUUCUACUACCACGCCUACCGGGGCAAACCAUCCUUCUCGCAGAAGGGAGGCAAGCACGUGGCAAACGGCACUUCUAUGGUAACUAACGGUCAUAGCAAAGUGGAAGAAGUGGAGGAUAACGGGAAAAGGCAAAAGAAAGGAAGAGCGAAAAGGGAGUGAAGGAGGAAGAGGGGCGUGCUUGGUGAUAAAGAGAAGUUGUUUUAAGGGCCGGAGGAGGAGGGAAUAAGCCGUUCAAACCAGACGACCAACUUGAGGAAGUGAAUGGGUAGAGCUGUGUAUUUGUGUCUGUAAUGGGUUCUGGUUUUGAGAGGAAGGUGGAGGUGGGGGCGGUGUUGGUUUUCUCCAUAACAUUUUUGAUUUUUAAUCAAGAAAAGCAAAAUGCUGAUCACAUAGGCUCUGUGCUCGUCUGUCCAACUGUGUUCUGGACCACGAUAGGACCAAAAUGUUAAAAUGACCUACAACCUGCUCAGCAUCCACUAACUUGUCGACCAAACUUCACCUCCAACUUUUGUACUCUGGAUUCCAAUAUUGUUUUAACUGGAAGCUUAAAUAGUCUUAAAUAUGCUGAAUUGUUUUUCUAGUGCUCUAAGAGAGUUUUAAUGGUUUUAACGACGACCAACAAAAGAACAUGCAGAGGUUUAUACCAAAUACUUUUCCGUGGCUUCAGGGGAAAGUACGUGUUUACGAAAUACUUAGAGAUGAACAAGGUAAGUGAUUAAAAAACAAAACAAAAGAAAAACGUUACAAAAUUCUCAUGUCUGCCACCGGUCCAACAUGUCAUGGACUUUACAUUUCUGUGCUGUGUCACACUGAUAUAACUUUGCUGCAUUUCCAUGAUGACAUGCCGUUCUCUUUGUGCUCAUUGUGAAUUUUAAAAAACUCGUUAAAGGGGAGGGGGCAGUAGUUUCUUUUAGGAUUUAUGCAAAUUUGUGGGUAUCUUUGUUACGAUACAUGUUUUUUGUGGGUCCCUUAUUAUUUAUUUCUUUUUGUUGUGCAAUGUAGCUGAGGUGCAAGAACAAGAGCUUGAAGUUCAGCUCGGUAUAUCUCACUGCCACGUAGGACUGAAGGGAAACUCAUUCUGAUCCUCUUUCUUUUUUUCUUUUUUUAAUGGAAAAAAAUGGUAAUUUAGAAUUACAGUGAAUCAGAUUCUGGCUGCACAACUGAAAUAAAGACCAGCGCCCCAUAAACAA